AUGCGAUGGCCGCCAUGGUCUUCCAAAGCGCAGGACCCCGCCGAUACCGAUGACAAACAAUCCCUAUUCCCGUUCAUAACAAACAAAUCCGACAAUAACCCAGACAACAAAGCCCUACUCGACUGGGCCGCCUUUACGGAACCGCGAACCCUCAUCCCAACCCUCAUCCUCACUACUGCAAUUCUCAGCGCCGCGAGUUUCCACCGCUCGUACCUCCGUCGAUUCCCCGACGCCCCGAGUAUUGAUGCAGCGUAUUUCCGCCGCCGGAGUAUACUUGGGAGGGUAACGAGCGUUGGCGAUGGGGAUAACUUUAGGAUUUUCCAUACGCCUGGUGGACGGCUAGCUGGAUGGGGAUGGUUACCCUGGAAAAGGAUUCCGAAGGAGAAGAAGGAGUUGAAGGAUAAUACGGUUCACGUUCGCCUAGCAGGCAUUGACGCCCCCGAACUGGCGCACUUCGGCCGCCCUGAACAACCGCACGCGCGCGAAGCGCACGAAUGGCUAACAUCGUAUCUGCUCAAUCGCCGCGUGCGCGCAUACCUGCACCGACCAGAUCAGUACCAGCGCGUCGUCGCUACAGUCUACGUGCGCCACUUUCUUGACUUCCCAAUCCCUUUCCGCCGGCGGGAUGUAUCAUAUGAGAUGCUGAGACGGGGGUUGGCGACAGUGUAUGAGGCCAAGUCGGGCUCUGAGUUUGGAGGUGAGGCUACGGAAGUCAAGUACCGGAACGCCGAGUGGUGGGCAAAGUUGAAAGGGAAUGGGAUGUGGAAGGGGUACCGCCGGAACAAGGAGUUUGAGAGUCCGAGGGAUUAUAAGACGAGGGUGGGCUUGGAGGACCAGGCGAACGGGAAUGGCAAUGGAAAGAACGGGAAUGGUAAGAAUAAGAAGUGA